AUGCCUUCUCCUCUCCUCUCUCGCCUAGGCAGCUCGAUGCAGGCCACAUCGUCAAGGCUAGGAUACCAUGCCUACACUAUCUUCCUUUUCACUAAGUCGGACAUCAAGACAACAUUGAUUCCCGUGGGCUGCUUUGCUCUCGGUGCCGCCCCGCUCUCCCCCACUAAUUCAUUAUCCCACGCCGUGCAAGCCAUAUUUUGGCUAUGGCUACACCUCCUUCAUUUCAAUCUUGCGAAUCAAGUACAUGAUCCAGAGGAGGACAUGAUCAACAAGCCAUGGCGACCCAUUCCCACCGGUCGUAUCACUCUUGCACAGGCAACCGUUCUCCGAUAUCUUGCGCCAUUCGUAUGCAUGGCAGUCUCGUUACUCUAUAGCCGUGCAGUGUUCUAUGCUGCAUUAAUCUUUGCUAUUCUCGUCCCCAUUUACCAUGAAGCGAAGGGUGACUCCCACUGGCUCUCUCGCAACUUCAUGAAUGCCUUUGGAUAUGCAUGUUUCUCGACAGGCUCAACUUUGAUUGCAUCACCAAACAGAGCGCAGCUCGAUGUUCCGGGGGCGCUGUCAAUAUUUACCAUUACAGCUAUCCUAGCUACGACUAUUCAGGCCCAAGACUUCCAGGAUGUCAUCGGCGACAUUAAAACAGGAAGAUUGACAUUGCCGAUAGCCUUUCCCAAUUUUUCUCGAUAUACUCCUAUGGUGUCCCUUCUUCUCUGGGUACCUUAUUUGACUUCUGUCUGGGAGAUCGGCACUGUUGGAACCAUUGCCUUCACGGUUCUGACCAUUAUCGUUGGUCUGAGGUAUCUCCUUCUCAGAUCAACGAAGGACGAUCAAUUAUCUUACGUCUGGUACAAUGUUUGGCUUGCCAUUGCAUUCUCCAUGCCUGGAUACUGGCGUUACUACAAGGAAUCCGCUGCCCUGUAA